GAGAAAGAAGCCAGGAAGAAGGAAGACAGCAGAGGAAGAAAGUGACUGAGCGCAACAAGGACAAAGAGGAGUGGUGGGGGUGGAGGCAGGGCGGGGAUGGGAGUUACCGCCCCUCCUGGCUCCCGCGGCCCCCGCAUCCCUGGGCAAUGGUACUGUUUGCAGUGAUGCUCAGAGGGCAGGCACCUGCUGCUCUGUAAUGAUUCAGCCUCUUUCAGCCGCUGCUGCGUUAACACGACAGGAUGCUGUUGCUACUGUCGCUGCUGCCUCUCCUGCCGCCGCCGCUGCUGCCGCCGCCGCCGCCGCCUCUGGUCUUGCUUUUGCUUUUACUUCUCCUGCAUGACAGUUGUUUUCUUCCUCUAAGCAGGCACCAGCUUCAGACGCUUGAGGUGAGAAACAUGCCUUUCAGUUUGGGAUACUGGUUUACUUAACGAGAGCCAGGCAUCCCGCUCGCUUCCUAUUUUAGUCCCCUGCUUUCUUGACCAACCGGGAUGGUUUGGAGAAGCAUUUGAAAGAACUGGAAAAGUGUCCCAGAAACAAGAGCUCAAGAUAUUUCGGUACACUUCUAUUUCGUAGUUGCUAGAAGCUCUUUUCUUCUUUUUUUUUCUUUUCUUUUUCCUUUCCCUUGCCUCCUCCUGAGCUCUCUUACUUUUGAUAAUGGCCUUGGACUUGGAUGCCUUAUCGAUUUCCCCCUCCAAGAUGCUGUAUCAUUUGGUUGGGGGGGGCUCUGCAUGGUAAUGCACUGUGAGACAGGCCAGGCCUUCUGGAGGUGAGCCGAUGGAGAUCUAUUCCCCAGACAUGUCUGAGGUAGCUGGCGGGAGGUCCUCCAGCCCCUCCACUCAGCUGAGUGCAGACCCAUCUCUCGAUGGGCUUCCGGCCGAGGAGCACAUGCCAGACACCCACACUGAAGACGGGAGAAGCCCUGGACUCCUGGGCCUGGCCGUGCCCUGCUGUGUAUGCCUGGAAGCUGAGCGCCUGAGAGGGUGCCUCAACUCCGAGAAGAUCUGCAUCAUCCCCAUUCUGGCUUGCCUAAUCAGCCUCUGCCUCUGCAUUGCCGGCCUAAAGUGGGUCUUUGUGGACAAGAUAUUUGAAUACGACUCUCCUACUCACCUUGACCCUGGGGGGUUAGGCCAGGACCCUGUUAUUUCCUUGGAUCCAAGUGCUGCCACAGCUGUUUUGGUGUCCUCUGAGGCAUACACUUCACCUGUCUCUAGGGCUCUGUCUGAACCCGGGGUUCAUGUUACAGUACAAGUUGACAAUGUCGCUGUGGCCUCUGCACCUUCAGCAGGGCCAACCCGGAAGAAUCGCCUGUCUGCUUUUCCUCCCUUCCUGUCUACCGCACCACCCUUCCCUUCUCCAGCUCGGACUCCCGAGGUGAGAACACCCAAGUCAGCAACUCAGCCACAAACAACAGAAACUAAUCUCCAAACUGCUCCUAAACUUUCCACAUCUACAUCCACAACUGGGACCAGCCAUCUUGUAAAGUGUGCAGAGAAGGAGAAAACUUUCUGUGUGAAUGGUGGCGAGUGCUUCAUGGUGAAAGACCUGUCAAACCCUUCGAGAUACUUGUGCAAGUGCCCAAAUGAGUUUACUGGUGAUCGUUGCCAAAACUACGUAAUGGCCAGCUUCUACAAGCAUCUUGGGAUUGAAUUUAUGGAAGCGGAGGAACUCUACCAGAAGAGAGUGUUGACUAUUACUGGCAUCUGUAUCGCCCUGCUGGUGGUCGGCAUCAUGUGUGUGGUGGCCUACUGCAAAACCAAGAAACAGCGCCAAAAGCUCCAUGAUCGGCUUCGGCAGAGCCUUCGAUCUGAACGAAACAACAUGGGGAACAUAGCCAAUGGGCCUCACCAUCCAAACCCACCACCAGAGAAUGUGCAGCUGGUGAAUCAAUACGUAUCUAAAAACGUCAUCUCCAGUGAGCAUAUUGUUGAGAGGGAAGCGGAGACAUCCUUUUCCACCAGCCAUUACACUCCCACAACUCAUCACUCCACGACCGUCACCCAGACUCCUAGUCACAGCUGGAGUAAUGGGCACACAGAAAGCAUCAUUUCAGAAAGCCACUCUGUAAUCAUGAUGUCAUCAGUAGAAAACAGUAGGCACAGCAGCCCAGCUGGGGGCCCACGAGGACGUCUUCAUGGCCUGGGAGGCCCUCGCGAAUGUAACAGCUUCCUCAGGCAUGCCAGAGAAACCCCUGACUCGUACCGAGACUCUCCUCAUAGUGAAAGACAUAACCUUAUAGCUGAGCUAAGGAGAAACAAGGCUUACAGAUCCAAAUGCAUGCAGAUCCAGCUGUCAGCAACUCAUCUUAGAUCCUCUUCCAUUCCCCAUUUGGGCUUCAUUCUCUAAGACCCCUUGGCCUUUAGGAAGGUAUGUAUCAGCCAUGACCACCCCGGCUCGUAUGUCACCUGUAGAUUUCCACACGCCAAGCUCCCCCAAAUCGCCCCCUUCGGAAAUGUCUCCGCCUGUGUCCAGCAUGACGGUGUCCAUGCCCUCCAUGGCAGUCAGCCCCUUUGUGGAGGAAGAGCGGCCGCUGCUCCUUGUGACGCCACCAAGGCUCCGAGAGAAGAAGUAUGAGCAGCAUCCCCAGCAUCUCAAUUCCUUUCAUCACAACCCUGCACAUCAGAGUACCAGCCUCCCCCCUAGCCCAUUGAGGAUAGUGGAGGAUGAGGAGUAUGAAACAACGCAGGAGUACGAGCCAGUUCAAGAGCCUGUUAAGAAACUCACCAACAGUCGGAGGGCCAAAAGAACCAAGCCCAAUGGCCACAUUGCCAAUAGGGUGGAAAUGGAUAGCAACACAAGUUCUGUGAGCAGUAACUCAGAAAGUGAAACCGAAGAUGAAAGAGUAGGUGAAGAUACGCCAUUCCUGGGCAUACAGAACCCCCUGGCAGCUGGUCUUGAGGCGGCCCCUACCUUCCGUCUGGCUGAUACCAGGACUAACCCAGCAGGCCGCUUCUCCACACAGGAAGAAUUACAGGCCCGGCUGUCUAGUGUAAUUGCUAACCAAGACCCUAUCGCUGUAUAAAACCUAAAUAAACACAUAGAUUCACCUGUAAAACUUUAUUUUAUAUAAUAAAGUAUUUCACCUUAAAUUAAACAAUUUAUUUUAUUUUAGCAGUUCUGCAAAUAGAAAACAGGAGGAAAAAAACUUUUAUAAAUUAAAUAUAUGUAUGUAAAAAUGUGUUAUGUGCCAUAUGUAGCAAUUUUUUACAGUAUUUCAAAAACGAGAAAGAUAUCAAUGGUGCCUUUAUGUUAUGUUAUGUCGAGAGCAAGUUUUAUACAGUUACAGUGAUUGCUUUUUCACAGUAUUUCAGCAAAACCUCUCAUAGAUUCAGUUUUUGCUGGCUUCGUGUGCAUUGCAUUAUGAUGUUGACUGGAUGUAUGAUUUGCAAGACUAGCAGCUGUCCUUCUGUUUGCUUCCAGUAGCUCCCAACCAGUACUGUCUUGAAAUGGCACAUCCGUCCAAAUACUCCUCUAUUUUGUAUGAUGUCUUUGCUUUCCCAAUAUGAGAUGAGUUCUCUCUACUCUGUCAGCCAAAGGUUUGCUUCACCGAGCUCUGAGAUAAUAGUAGACCCAACAGCAUGCUACUAUUACAUAUAGCAGGGAACUGCAUUAAGUAAUGUUAAAAGUUAGGAAGAAAGUAAUACUGUGAUUUUUAAAAAACAAACUAUAUUAUUAAUCAGAAGAUAGCUUGCUCUUGCUAAAAAAGGAGUUACCAUUGACUUUAAUUUACCUUUUUAGUUGUUGUUCUUGACAAAGGGUUACAGCUUCCAGUACAGCUUAGAAAGUGGGUUCUGGCUUGCUAUCAGGAUAAAUCUAACAACUCUGAAUGGACUCAAUUUCACUUUCUCUCUGGGGGAAUGAUCCAGCAGCUUCUCUGUUGACCAGCCAACCACAGCUGCUAAAGGUGCAAUCCUUUCUGACAUAUUUUUUUAACUGACUGGUUGAACCCUCUUCUCGGCUCCAGAAGAGGCGCAUCAUGUCAUGAAGCCCCAAGAGUACACUCAGCCAUCUGUCCAAACCACUUGUAGAGUACAAUGUGCCUGUAGUACAUAGCGGUGACUUGGCCAUUGUAGGAAAAUGUUCCUCUUGUAGAGUGUUUAGAAGGAGUGAAUGUGCAGAAGUCACAAGGGGAAAAGCAGCUCUGCAACCCAGUUGACAUCUUAAAAGUUUGGUUGGCCACACCUUUCUCCCCCUUAUGUUUCUCUUAUGUUCAACAUUGCCUUGAUUAAGUCAUAACUAUGCAUGAAUAUUUUUUGCCAGAAAUGGCCAAUGUGCAUGUGAUUUGUGAUUAGCAAGAACUUUCCACAGUGAUGCCUCACUAGGGAAUGUCAAUAGUAUUGGGAAGAUUGCACCUUUUCUUGCAGAAGUGACCCCCACCUGUGGACUGAUCUCUCUCCAUAGAUAGCCUAUAUCUUUCAUUUUUCCUCUCUUAGUAUUUUUUCCCAUACUGUCUGAACAGCAGGACUAAGAUUGGUUUAAACUCUGUAUGUUCUCUUAUGAUUGUAAAGCCAACAAAUGCUUAUAGAUAUUAACAUAUGAACAACUGUUAGUACAGAAAAAAAAAGAAAAAUUAGGGGGGUGGAUAAUAUCUCAGAACCUUUUAUAUUCCCUUCCUGUUAUCUGUCAAUCAGGACUGGAGUUUAUUGAGUUUCUAAGUAAGCUUCUAGGAGUCACAUAUGGGAAAAAUGGGAAAUAAUUGAACAGGGGAUUGACAAAGUUAAUGACAAUUAUCGAUUCUUGUUCCCAGUUGAACCAAAUCUAUUUUCUAUACCAAAUCUUUGUUAUAAGUCGAGGGAAGUAAUAACACAUGCGUAGGUCUCAGAAGAACACUGCAGUCUGACCACAAGUCCAUGUGUUACACUCCUCCAUGUUUCUAAGAGAAGCUUGUCUGUUAGUAUUUGAUGUCUCACAUUUCUUGUGACUGUUAAUGGGACAGCUUCUCUGUGCUCAGAGCGUUGUCUUCCUUUGCUUCUUAGCUCAUCCAGAAUAAUGCCUGCUGGUGAAAGCCCCACUGGCUUCCCAAUGCUGCAGAUGGUCAACUCUCCACAGGGAGGAAAAGUCAGCCAGCUUGAAGAUAUUCUCUCUGCUUUAUGUUGACUUUGAAGGCCUUGACUCACCUAUCAUUCAAUAAAGGAAAUUCUUUACUGUUAUCUUAAAAUCCUUAAAAAUUCAGUUUCUAGUUAGUUGGUCACUGGGAUAUUGAGAAAGUCCCUUCCAAAAAAAAAAUAGACUCUCCUGAUUAAAAACAAUGAGCAGCAUUUUACUAGCAUGAAAAGCUCUAUAAAUUUGCAAAUUGCAAAUAUAUGUGUUCUUUUUUUUCUUCUGUGCUUUAUCUGGCAGUCCACACUUGUCUUAUUAGUUGAUAAAGCCUUUUUCACAAGAGAACAUAGCUUUCGUGAUGAGAAUAGCCACUUGGCUUCUCAGGGCUACCUGAUGUAGCCUCUAGAUUUAUGUUUUAGGGAUGUCUCCACAAUGUUCGCUGCCAGGUCUCACUCAACCAUCCUUUUUGUAAAUCCAGGCAGAGCUGUAGCAAUGCAAAAGAAUGCACACCUGUGUUCCUGGCAUGUGUGAAGAUGCCUUGCAUUUUAAGGGCGUACAGAUUACUCAGAAUUUAGCAACUUUGUUUCUUGGGUCUGAAAUCAAAACGACUUGAGAGUUACAUAACGGGGUAUAGUAGACACCAAACUCCUUUCGUAUGCACUCAAGAGUUGUUCUCUGUCCUGCAUUUUGCUCCUUUUCUCCAUCUGCCUUCAAGAGUGCCUGGUGGACAGCCUUCUGCUUUCUACGAAAUGGUCCUCUGUGUAAGAGAGAAUGUAUCUCAAGCAGCAAUAUUGCCAUCUCUUUCUUGAUUCUGUGUGAGUGUCUAUACAGGUGGAGUCUACCCAGGGUAACUUUCUCUGUUAUCUAUUCCUCUUUUGGCCUGAGGCUGAAGGUAAUGGCUCCUACAAGUGAAUAAGGAAAAUCUGACCUUCUCUUUCAGUCCUGACUGCAUUCCAGCAGCUGCAGGGAUUUCUAUCCACUAAGAUCCAUGACACACUAUCAAGAAAUGCAGGCAAAAUGAAAUGGCCACAAAUCACAAUUUCUAUUAUAUAUUCUUUUGUAAAUACAUACUGUAUAGUACUUGGAUGUUUUAAGUCAUUUACUGUCUUUAUGAGUUAAUGUUAGGUUUUACUCUCAUACUGUAUAACAUUGUAAAUAACAUAAUGUCCUUUAUUAUUUAUAUUGAAGCAUCUAACAUAGAGAAUUGUUUUCAUAUAAGUUUAAGAUAAAUGUUUAAAAUAUAUGUUUUUUUCUUUGCUUUAAAAUUAUGUACCUUUUCUUUUUUCAUUUUUUAAAGAAUAAUUUAUUGUUCAGGAGAAAGAAUAUAUAUGUAAUUGAAACUAUUUGAAGAAUGCACAUUUGAAGGCCAUGAGGUACUGAUAAACUAAAGAAUUUAUUAUCUCAAA